GUCCUCUCUUCAAAAAUUAUCAAACAUACCUAGCAUAGGGGCCGCAUCAAUCAGUAGUAACUGAGACACCAUGCUGGCGCCUUUUUACAUUCGUUUACACUUUUUUAUUCUUUGAAUUAUAAUUACACACUCUCUUUUUAUCGUCCAUAUUAUUCGUUCAUUCGACUAUCCGCUAUAUGUAAUACUACCCAGAUUAGAAUAUCAGGAACACCGCUCUCGGGCUUGAAUUCACAAUCCUCUUGAACGCACAAACAUGACCGAUCGUCAAGGACCCCCUCGUCAACCUACUUCAACAUUCAUUGAACUCCGUCCUCGUAUUCGCCAUACGAUCUCCGUUCCACCCCUCUCACUAGCAAGUACUGUGUCGGAUUCCUCGAAAGCGAUUGGUGCCCCAAUUGUCAAACCAAUAGAUACUCCUCUCAGUCCGCAUUAUGCUCAGACUUCUCAUCCCAAAACUCACCCAACACCACCUCGACCGGCAACUCCCGCUCAGCUAACCCCAACUGUAACCGCUCUCAGUACGAUACAAAAGUCCUCGGAUCCCUUGUUCAUCUGUACAAUAUGCUGGUCUCCUCAAUAUUCACCUUCCACGCCACGGGUCUUGGGGCGAUCAUCUAGAAUCGUUUGUCAUCAAUGUUGGAGAGCGGUAUUGGAUUUAAGUAUAUGUUGGGUUUGUGGGGAAUGUAUUGUAAGAGGUGACGAGGUAGUUAGUUUGGGAUGGUGUUUUUGGCAUCGAGGAUGUUUUGGGUGUUUGCUUUGUGGGGUUAGGUUAGGAGAAAGAGUUUUGAGGGAGUGUGAAAGUGAGUGUGAAAAUAGUGAAUAUGGAUGUGGAGACCGAAGGAAAGGAACGGAGUUGGAUAAAAUUCCGCUUUGUGAGUGGUGUGAGAUGGAGACAAAGAUUAAGGGGUAUGGGGAAAAGAAGGUGCUGGAGAAAGGAUUGGAAAAUGUGACGAAAUCUGAUGGUGGGCUGACGAGAUGUAGAUUGGAGAAAUUGGAUGAGGAUAAGGGGUUGGGAGGGAAUUCGAACUUGAACUUGAAUGGAAAUAAGGAUGUGGUGGUCGGAUUAGACGGGGAAGAAAGGGGGGAAAUGGAAGAUACGGGACCAUCUCCGCCUUCGUCAUCUUCUCGUGUUUCACCGACGAAUAUGACGAAGAAAUCAUCGAAAUCGUCUAAGAUGAACGAAAUGAAGAUCAGAAAAAUCAUACGAGAUUCUUCUACUCCUCAGGAAGAAGUUGCACUCCUAAGUGACGCCGCCAAAAUGGGCGUAUCCGAGGACGGAAACCCAGACGACUCUGCCCAUUCCCAUAGCGAUACAGAACCCGCUCAUUUCGGCCAAACCGACCCCUCUACUUCAUCGUCAUCAAUUUCCUCUCCCCCAUCCGACAUCUACGUCUCCAUCUGCGAUCCUGCCGGUCGAGCAUUCGUGCCAGGUAAAAUUAAACCGCUUCCAAAAUGGAUGUCGUUGCUCCCUAACAACGUACAUCGCGAACGGGAAGGCGCAGAAGGCGAUGCUUGUCAGAAGAAAUCGCAAGCAGCGGUUUCGAGAGCGAAGCUUCCAGAAGCAUAUGCAGAUGGGGCUUCAUCUAGUCAUUCGGAGGAUUGUCCUGGGGAUCAUGAUCCUUUUACAUCGUGUCCAAAGCAGGAGAGCGUAACGGAGGUUUCUCCUCGUGAACACUCGGAGCAGGUGACGCCUAAAGACCGACUCUCAAUCAGAGAAUGCGUCGGUUCCACCUCUGAAAGCACAUCAAAUAGUACCCGACGUCCAUCGGCAUCAACCCUUUCGUCCCUCGCCCUUCCCAGCCCUGAGCAACAGUCACCUAAAACCACUCGUCCCCGAUCCGUCUCCAUCGAAGAAAAGCUUCCCCGCCCACAUCAACAUCCCGCAUCUGCCUAUCGUCGUGCAAAUCGCUCCAGCACUAUUGAGUCCGCGUGUAUCAAACCCAACGGUCUAGUCCAACCCAUUCAAUACCCCGAACACAUACCGCGGGACGUUUCGGAAAGACCACUAACCCCCUAUCCCAAAAACGACAGUCCGGAUCCUUUCCAAACCCAGCUCAUUCCAUCCUCCUCAUCCCCCUUUCCCUCCCAUCCCAAUUCAAACCCCACCCUCCUGCACUCCCCCCUCUCAAACUUUAUCACACCCCGAAAAGGCUCUUGUUGUGAACUCAGCACCUCUCUCGAAAGCGCGUCGGUAGGAGAAAUAAAAAAACGAGAACGUAGAGAAUCGGGUUUCGAUUCCAUGUUUGAGAGUUUUCCACGCCCGGAAAUCGGGAAGAACAAUAGCAAUUAUGCGUCAAGUCUAUGUCGCAGUCCGAAAUUGGGAUUUUUGGAAAAGGGGAAUGAGUAUUUGGAGUAUGUGUCGGGGGUGAUUUUGCCUGGGGGAGGGAAGGAGGGGGAUGUGGGGAAAGAGGGGAUUGUGGAGAAGAUUCGCAGACAGAGGGUUGGGACUGUGAGUCUCGGCCAAGUAGCACAAAAUGUCAAGGAAGAAAAAGAAAGAAAGCGCGCAGAAACGAACAUCCAAACGGAAUGGAAUUGGCUGGACAAUGAAUCUUCUAAAAAUCACAUUGCAAAUGCAAUUGUGGAACAAGAAGCGAAUGCGCACGUGGGGAGUAGUAGAAGUGGCGCGAGACGGAAUAGAGGGGUUAGUGAUGAUGAGGUGGGAAGGUUGUCAAGGGAUGGGAGUAGGAUGAGUGGGAGGAGGCGGAGGGGCACGAGUGGGGAGGAGAGGGGGCAGGGGAGUAGGAUGGGGAGUAGAGUGGGGAGUAGGAAGGAGAGGGAGAGGGAAAGGGAGAAGAUAGAGAGGGACAAAUUGGAAAAAGUAGAUAAAGGGAAAGGGAAAGAGGAGCUGGCAGAAGAGGGAGAGAACGGUACACGGGUUGAGGUUGGUGUUGUUGGGGCUGAUGAGAGGAGGGAGCAAUUGAAGAAGGAAUUGAAGGGGUUGUUUGGUGCGGAGUGAUGUCUCGCAAGAAGGAGAAUGAAACCGUGUGACAUGGAGAUUGAGAUUGAGCGAGAAAUAAAUUGUUAUGGAUGGCUAUAGCUAUGGAUAUGGAUAUGGAAAGACUGUGGACAAUGCUACGAGUAGGAAAUUCAAUGAUGACCUGAGGAGACCUAGACA